AGCAGUGCCUCCCCGUGUUAAUUCUUGAAAGGCACGGACAAAAAAGAUGUCUUGUGCCGGAUUUUUCAACACUGCUGUUUUUCAAUGCUGCCGUUUCUUACUGCUCUAAAGAAAAUUGCUUGUCGUCGUUGCUAUCGUUAAAGCAUUUCUGGUCCAGAAAGUAGUGUCAGAAGUGUUUGUAACAACUGUUUUCACAGGAGAGGAGACGACUUAAAAACUUAGAGGUCUUCUUGUAGCUGAUUUAUUUUUACCUAAUCUAGUCAUCAACUAUAAUCUAGUCCACAAACAAAGCAACACUGAAACAAAACUUUCGUCAUAACUGUCCACGAUCUCAUUCGAACAACACCAAGAGAGGAAAAAAUGUUCGAACAUAUUCACGCACUUGUUGCGCCUCACGAUCUUGUCGGAUUGUGGAACCCGAGCCACGACGAUAUACUAUCCCAGCUCCAUUCAGUCCCGAUGCCUUCACUGUAUACGCCGCCACCUGGUUUCACAUUGCCUGCGCAUUAAGGCUGAUAGGCUACUACUACCAACCGAAUGCAGGAGCCUUCUCAAGAUGGUCAAGUUUGUGCCUCUUCUACUCUAAUCCGGCGUUCUGUUAGGUCACUAGUAACCGAAUGAAGGAGUUUGAGUUUCAUCAACAUGUUUGCAACUUAGAUGCACCUACUUUGAUCACGGUAAUAGAUUUUCUGGUGUUUGGAAGAUAGAAAUCUUUGUUUUCUUGCAAGUGAUUUCUAAUCUGAAUGGUUUCACAACCUGCUGCAUGCUCCGCGUGGUGAUGAAGACGCUAUCCAUGCAGCGCUGAAGCAAGGGCUAGCAUUUAGCAAAGUGCCUGGAGGCGAUGAUCACUUUCAUCAUACUACAACCAACGCGCCACCGGAGGUCGGCGCACCACGUCAGGAGAUGAAUAUAACUACGCAAGAACAAGAAUCAGGGAUGAGCAAUAUGAGUACUGCAGCACAACUUGCGGAUGGCGGACAUGCACAGGCAAGCCUUACGAGUACUCCUGACGCUCUUGCGCAUCCAAAAAUCGCCACCUCAUUUGAGAGUCCGCGUCCCGAUCCACCAGAACCAGGUGAAUUAUGAAAAGAUAAUCCUUGAGAGUCCGCGUCCCGAUCCACCAGAACCAGGUAAAGCCGGACCAUUCUUUAAGGACCAAGGUGGUCGCACUCUAACUUGGCUGAACGUCGAGGGAACGCCAUUGCAGGAGUGCGUUCGUGCGCCUGGCCAGGGUGGUACAGGAUACCUGAGGAACAACUUCUGCAACAGUACACCGCAGGACCCGGGUCAUCACGAAAUCUGCGCUACAAUCACAAAAGAUUUUUUUACGACAUAGUCUGUCUCUGCGCUACAAUUAAGAUGAUUACAAAAAAACUUAGUUUCAAUUUGCUCGGGGAAAAAAACUGUUGUGGAACUUAAUUAGAUAGACGGAUUAUAGAAUCACACCAAUGUGGAGCGGUCGUGCUAGGUCGAGAUGUUGAUUGCCUGGACCUUAUCAUGUUUCCUCCUAACCCUAAACCCUCUCUUCCUCCUCUUCCUCCCUCUUUCCUCCUCUUCCUCCCUCUUUCCUCCUCUUCCUCCCUCUUUCCUCCUCUUCCUCCCUCUCUCCUCCUCGUCUGCAUUUGUUCAUACUUUGGAGUGAAACCGGGCAGCAAGGCGAAGAAGAGGGCAACUGGUGUAUUUGUGUGCACAAGCUAGCGGAAUGGCUGAGUGGAGUUAUGAUGGCAGAUUAUCUUUUCAACUUGCAUUUCAAUUCCUCGAAUACUAGUAGCACAAGGUGGAUGUAGAAGGUGUUGCGCUUCUUCAUUCAUGGAUCAAACCAGAGGUAGUAAGAGAAAUGUGCCGCACAAAAAGAAAGGUCUUGUACUAGAAAAAAGUUCUUCUAGUUUAAUGCUGUACGAGAAGGGUAUUGCGCUCCUCUAAUACCCGUAGUGGCAAAACCGGUGUAAAGCAUAUUGUCUGUAAUGCUACGGCACGCGAAGCUCUUGUGGAUCCGCAAGUGAAAGAAUAUCUCGAAGACCAGGGUUGCAACGUGACGAAGAGUUCCGUCGGCUUAGCGGGUAGCACUUUCUUGAUGGGUAGCAGUUUGUGGGGAGACCGUGCGCUGUUGAGAACUACCUCCGGUGGUGUCGAAAUACAGCCGGGUCAUGGCUACUUCGAAGGUGCCGGACAAAAAGUUGCGGAACAAGAGCUGCUUCAGGAGAAAGCAGAGUCGUGUCUGGAUGAAAAGCAAGAAAAAGACCGGGAAGAGGAAGAAGCCCGGCAUGGAAAUGCUGCCACUGAAGUGAGCGAUUUCUUCUAAGAAAAACGUCUGCUGUUUUCACCUGCGAGGCGGUCUAAAUGUCGAGCCUCGCGGAGAAGUGGACAAGAGCCUGCACUUCAUGUUUUUAAGGACACAAACCUGAACUCCCGUGGGACCCGAAGCAAUUACAGGCAUCAGAUCAUUCAGCUUAUGCUGAUGUGGCUCCUGGCUACAGCGUGAGAGACGGCUCCUGGCUAGUUGGGCCUGAGUUCAUGGUGCGAAAGAAGGCAAUGAGAGGAGAGCUCCACAAUGGCAGCUCCUUCCGCGGAGGAAAACGUCUCACGGAAAUCGUGUCGCUACGCAAAGUUGGCGCUACGUAGUAAACGCCUCGAUACCGAAACUGGGUGAACAAAUGAAUAACCUCGAUUGAUGACGACCCUGAAGCUGCGCGUGAUCAUCUAAAUAUGCCAGAGCUGCCGCUAGUCUCAGGAGUGACUUUGAUGAAUCACUCAAAGUACGACACUUCAUCUACUUCAUUGACCUGUCAUCUCCGGGAGGGGUGUUACUCAAGAUGAAACCACAUGAAAAAGCUGAGAAAUAUAUCUAUCAGUAAGAAUUUUUUUUCCUCACGAUAAAACUAUGGCAGAUGAGAAGAUCACGUUUCCUUCAGGGGUCUGUGCUCGUCUUCGUCCGUAGCCGUCCGUAGUCACUCUGUGUCAAGCGCAGGGUUGAUGAACUAAGCCUCAAGGAUUGGCUCAGCAUAUUCUGGUUCUGAUUUUGAUGCUUGUCUGCCAGUGGUUGGUACAAUCUGUCUUGGGUGGGUCUAUCAGCUGAGUGAUUUGUCGAAAAGCAAGAUGGUUCCGCUGAAAAAGAUCACUUUUGAUACGGAAAAGUACGAAUAUUCAGGUAGUCCGAAAGGCUUAGACUG